AUUCGCAUCUAUUAAUCGUUUAGUGUUUAGUGUACAUAGCGACGGAUACGUGACUCCAACUCAAACACCCAUUGUUGCCUUAACCAGUGCCAAAAAAGAUAAAUCGAUUUUCAAUAAGAAAACUGAGUGAUCGUACCUGUUCUGCAUCUCAAAAGCAAACCUAUGCUUUCUACCUAAAUAGAUAUUGUCGCAGCUAAUCUAAAUCAAAAUGCACAUUCUACACCGCACCAACGAGCAUCAGUUCGAGGAUCAGAAGUUCAUGAUGGAACGCCUAAGUGGACAUGGCAGCCUAGGCCUCUCCAGCAGCAGUGCGGCGUACACCACGCACUCCGGCGGUCACACGGGGCGCAGCGGACCGGCUACCGGGCACAGUGGACACAGUAGCACCCAUGGAUCGGCGGCCACCAUGCACCACCAAUCGCUGCAGUCCGACUUUCAGCCGCCGUACUUUCCGCCCCCCUUCCACCACUCCACGCAAAGUCCGCCCCAGCAACAGAACCACGGUGCCCUCGAGUACUUGGGCACGGAUCCCUAUGGCCAGCCCCUUUCCUCGCUGCACCACGCCCCACUGCACCACUACAAUCAGCUGGCGGGGCUGCGGUCCACGCAGGAUCAACUGGGGAUUCACAGGACCCACAGAGAGGCUGAAUUGCAGGGACAUGUCACCCAACUGUCCCACGGAUUUCCGUACACGGAUAGAAGAAGUGAUUACGGAAGUGCAAUAUCGGCUGGAGCUGCCCACGGAACCACUGGACAUGAACACGAGUCCUUAGCUUUGCACCAAGCCCUUCAAAACGCUGUUGAUGAUGUCCAAGCCCCUGCCCUCGACGAUAAUGUGGCUUUUAUGUCCGACUUGCCGCUUAUUAAGAGCAUGAAGAGCGGGAAAGAAUCCGGGAACCUGGGCUCGGGUUCGCCCAGCGAGGUAUUCUGUGCAGUUCCUGGUCGCCUUAGUCUCCUAUCGAGCACGUCGAAAUACAAGGUCACCAUUGCCGAAGUGCAGCGCCGGCUGUCACCACCCGAGUGCUUAAACGCCUCCCUCCUGGGCGGAGUGCUCCGAAGAGCCAAGAGCAAGAAUGGAGGUCGGCUCUUGCGGGAGAAGCUGGAGAAGAUUGGUCUGAACUUACCGGCUGGAAGGCGAAAAGCGGCUAACGUGACGCUACUCACAUCUUUGGUGGAGGGCGAGGCAACGCACUUGGCUAAGGAUUUCCAUUUCGUGUGUGAGACGGAAUUCCCGGCAAGGCAGCUGGCUGAGUACAUUGUCCGCCAUCAAACGGAGCCACAGGACUCCUACAGACGGAAAGAGCUCAUCCUUCACUCCCAGCAGAUUACAAAAGAAUUAAUGCAGAUCUUAAGUCAAGAUCGAACGACCCAUUUUGGCACAAGAUCACAGCACUUGUUGGAGCCUUCGAUGCAGCGCCACUUAACACAUUUUUCCUUGAUUACGCACGGCUUUGGAUCACCCGCAAUAAUGGCCGUUCUGCAUGCUUUCCAGACAUUCUUGAAUGAAUCAUUAAACUAUUUGGAAAAGCUAUAUCCUUCAAAUGGCGGCGGAAUGGUGUCGUCAUCGUUGGAUAAAAGUAAAAUUGACAACGAAAAAAAAUGAUAGGCUAUGUGUAUAUUGCCACAGGAACAUGCAAGCCGUAGUUUAAGAGUAAAUUUCAAUACGACAUCGAUAACAAAUAAUACAACUCCUG